AUGAUCGCAUCACUGCCUUUAUUGCUUUUUACUUUCAACUCGACCCUAAACUCGAUCGAGCUCGGUACUGUUCCCACUCGACUCGAGUCCUUGGUCGAGCUGUUGCUCUUCUGCUUUAUUUACUUACUGCAUUGCUUUACUGCUUCAUUAGGUGUAUGCGAACUCGAUCGAGUCGGUCUACAAGACUUGGUCGAGCUAGACUUCACAACGGGUAGAAAGAGGGUUCAGAGGUCACAGAGGGUACAAGAGGAACCUGAGGUGCUUGUUGCUGAUACAAUGGAUGUACCAGAGGGGAAUGGAAACCCUUUGGGAAUGGACUCGGUCGAGCUAGGCAAACUCGACCGAUUGGUCAAGGAGAUGCUCCAAACCGCCACCAACAGAGACAAGGGAUUGUUCCACCACCAGUGCAGAACCACAACUUUGAGAUCAAGCUGGGAAUGA